UCACCUGGACAACCACCACCUGUGGGACCCCAACGAGUUUGCAGUUUCCUGCUUCAGGAUCAUCAUGUACUCCAUCCAGGCUCAGCACUCGCACCACGUCAUCCAGCAGGUCCUGAGCCACCUGGACAACAACAACAAGAACACGCCGCGGGUCAGAGCCGGCAUCGUGCAGGUCCUCCUGGAGACGGUCGCCAUCGCCGCCAAAGGCUCAGUGGGCCCGACAGUGCUGGAGGUGUUCAACACUCUGCUCAAACACCUGAGGAUGAGCGUGGACUUCGAGCUGGGCGACAGCUCCAGGAGGAACUCCAGCACCAGCGUGUCCUCGGCGCGGGGAAAAGAGAGCGAGGAGAGGAUCGUGCAGAACGCCAUCAUCCAGACCAUCGGCUUCUUCGGUGGAAACCUGCCAGACUACCAGCGAGCUGAAGUCAUGAUGUUCAUCAUGGGCAAAGUGCCAGUGUACGGGACCCCCUGCCACACCUUGGACACGGUGAAGAUUGGGCAUCAGGGUACGAAGAGGAUUCAGACCAUGCUGCUCAGCUCUCUCAUCAUGGUAACCUCCGGCUUCAAGUCCAAGUCCAUGGCUGCCGCCCUCCCUUCUCCCUUCCUGGAUCCGCUCUUCUCCAUCUCCCUGAUGGAGGACAGCGAGCUGCGGCAGCUGGUGCUAGAGAUCCUGCACAACAUCAUCGAUCGCCAUGACAACCGGGCUAAGCUACGCGGCAUCAGAAUCAUUCCUAACGUUGCAGCGCUGAAGAUUAAAAGAGAGAAGAUUUCCAAGCAAGAUGUUGCAUUCAUGAAGAAGCACGGCCAGCAGCUCUACCGUCACAUCUAUCUGGGUGUUAAAGAGGAGGAUAACGUCCAUAAAAACUUUGAGCUGCUCUUUACCACUCUGGCCGUUCUGACCAUCGAGCUGGCCAACGAGGAGGUGGUCAUCGACCUCAUUCGGCUCGCCAUCGCUCUGCAGGACAUGGUUCUGUCUAAUGAGGAGAACAUGCCCAUGUUUAUUCGCUGCGGGAUCAUGGCGUUGGUGGCGGCGUACCUCAACUUCCUGAGCCAGAUGAUCGCAAACCCCCCCUUCUGUCAGCACGUCAGCAAGGUCAUUGAGCUGAGGAACAUGGAUGCCCCGUACCUCCUCCCAGAGCACGUCUUCAGAGACAAGUGUCCACUUCCUGAAUCUUUGGAUAAAGAGGACAGGCCGCUGUACUUCCAGACGGCUGACAUGGCAGAGUGUCUGGCAGGACCGGGGUACAACGCAGAGAGGCUGUCGGUUCCUUACGUUCCUCAGGUCACAGAUGAAGACCGUCUGACCAGGAGGAAGAGUUUCGUCGACACCAUCUCCCUUCAGGUGGACAUCAUGUCCAACAGCCUCCCCGACAAGUCUCCGCUGGCUGAGGAGAUCACGUUUGAGACCCUGAAGAAGGCCAUCGAUACCACGGGUCUGGAGGAGCAGGAGAGGGAGAAGAGGCGUCAGGUGAUGGAGAAGUUCCAGAAGGCUCCGUUUGAGGAGAUCGCUGCGCACUGCGAGUCCAAGGCCAACAUGUUGCACGACCGUCUGGCACAAAUCUUUGAGCUCACAAUACGGCCUCCACCCAGCCCAUCCGGAGUGGUUUCCAUCUCAUCAGGACACACGCAGCAUCAGUCGGUCCCCGUCUACGAGAUGAAGUUUCCAGACCUGUGUGUCUACUGAUCCCGACGCACACACACACACACACACACACACACCAACACACACCUCUACACACAUAGCUGAAUUAUAAAUUAAAAAAUUAAAAAAAGAGAGCUACUCAAUCACAUGAAAUCAGUUAGCUCAAAGGUGACGGGGAUGCUAACAGGAACAUCAAAUGCAGCAAAAACCGGUCGCCUCUCUUCCAAACAAACAAAUAAAUAAACUUAAAUCACUUCCUUUAACUUCUUUGGAGCACCAGCAACACGUUUUCCAAAUCCCCUCUGAAGUUUGAGAGUGUCAACACGUGGAGAUUGUUUGAAUCCAGUAUUCAGCUCACUUAAACAUGCUAACUGUCUCUCUCCUCCUGUUAGCCUGAAGCUAACCUGGACCGAUCUGCUGCACUUUGCUGCUCCCACUCUCAUCCCUGAAACUAGAAAACACACACACGAGUCUCCACGAUCAAACAGACAUGACGUGCUUUCAUUUGGAGAUCUUCUCUUCUAGACGCUGAAUGUGACGUCGCUUUCGCAGCAUGACUCUGACCCCGUCUCUCUGUACAUACGCUGUCGUCUAAAAAAAAACAAAACAGACGAUGAAAAGCUUCAACCUGACGCUAGUCUUAGCCGUAGAGCUCCAGCUUCUCCGCCUCUGAACAAAUAUCUGUGAAACUCGUCGAGUGCAGUCACAAAAUUAGUAGAGAUGUACGAUGUUUUAGCCGCCAGCUAGCAUAACGGAGCUAACGUCGCGGGUGCUAACAGUCAGAAUAGUUAAUGAGUCCUCACUGUUCAGUCUUUGCUGCUUUUUAGGUCAACGUGCUUCAGGAAAAGUUUUUAAAGAACACAUUCAGAGUGUGCUCAGCUGAGGAGACGAGGCAGAGAGAGUUUUGAUUUCUGCUGACUCAUCGUUGGUGAUGGUGUCUUUGGGAAGCUGCAGCGUUCAGAGUGAAUCUUUAGUCUGGAAGGUUUUUAAAGAAGUGUGUCGAGGUGUGAAAAAGUUAGGAAGGAUUUCUACUUUUUGAUGGUUUUGCUAAGUUUUAAAGGACGUUGUUAAAAUCUGCUUUUCGUCCUCGAGUUGUUUAAUUCAGUCAAAACGUUUGUUAGAUAAGUUUUUAGUUAUUAGUUCGUGUUCCCAAAAAAAGGAAGAGCUCCAACAUCAGGCUAAACCGAGGUUAACUGCCUAUUUCCUCAUACUCGGUGCACGCCGCGGCCGUUAGCUGCCACUCUGUGAUCGUGUCUCCACAGCGGACAGAGAAACAGGAACGCUCUUUAAGAAGCGUUCUUACUCUGUGUGUCUGUAGCUGUUUGAGCUCCAAAACUAGCAUAGUGUUAGCAGCGACACGGCCCUACAGAUACAGACUGCAGCUUCAUAUCAGGUGUGAAUGGAGUCUUUGUUAGCUUCUCUUCUUCUCUCGUGAUAUUUAGCUUUUCGGGUUUGCACCUCGUGUCCGUCCCUCUCUGAGCUGACGAGCUGCAGGUUUUCUCUCCUCACAGAUUUGUUGGCAGCUUCUUAAAAAACAAAAACAAAGCGUGUUCUCUGCCAGAGACUCGAGUCGUUCCCUUUCUGUUCCCUGAAAGUGUCUCAAACGACGUUCAGCCAGCGGCCUUCUGGAGCGUUUCAUUCCAACGUGAGCGAGCGAGCAGAGUGAGACACAGAGGGUCGACUUCCUGCAGGAUUUAAUCCUCUGCGCCCUUUUUUUCUCGACUGUCACUGCGAGGCCACGUUUUGUUUUCAUGGAGAGAGAGAGAGGGGGGAGGUACGGGAGGCGUUUUUGGAACGAGCUCCUUCAUAUCUGGCCGAGCUGCAGCUGUGAUCUGUAAUAACAGAUGGUUAUCAGAGUUUGAUCGGAGCGCAGAGCGAGAGCAGAGUCAUUCCGCCGCCGCUCGGCGAGAGCAGCUGUGAGGAGAGUCGCACGGCGUGCUUUAGUUUGAACCCUGGAAGACGGACGGUUUGUUUUUUGAAUGUUCCCUUUAAAGUUUAAACUUUAGAAGUUGGCCAGCUUGUAGAAUAUAACAAAGUCUUCCCGUUUGGAUCCAGAUCUGAUGAUCUUUUUAUCUAAGUAUGAAACUGAUGUCGAUGGUUAAAA